AAGUAAAUCUCCACACCCAUAGUAAUAAAAAAUAAGAUAAUAAUCUUUUCUCCUAUUUUUUUGCAUGAAAAGACGUUGAAAAGCUCGAGAUUGAUGGCAAAAACUUGGUAUGUGGGACGAAAAGCUCUAUACACAAGGUAUAAUUUGUGAAGAAGACAAUUUCGUUCGACCAUAAUUUGUUGUUCAGAAGAAAUGGCCAUGGAGUGGUGAUUAAUUUCAUAUACACUCCCUUGAUAUGAACAAUUUUAACUAGUUACCCUUUGCAUUGGCCAUCGAAUUUUAUUAAUUUAUCAAUUUCCCAUCUGUUAAUCUGAUCAAACAUGGGGAUCGGCCAGAUCACCUUUCCUUAUUAUUUUCGUGUGUCGACGUGGUCACGUGGAUGAACACUUUCCGUCCUUGUCUCUCGUCAAAUCCUCGAAAAUAUCGUUCAACAACCUCAACAAGUUCGGGCGGAUUUGUCAAUGCUGACCCUCUGCAUAAUUACUCUCUUAAGCAUGAUAUUAUAUCAUUCCAUUCUAGUAAAGUUUGAAAUUCAACGUCUUUUUUUGGAGCUAUCAUCACUACAAUUCAGAGGUACGGUUUCUCAACUCCUUUGAGAGUUCAUAGUUAUUGUUAUUGUAGAAUAUGAGUAUGGAGCUUCCACUCUUACGUUUCCAGAAUAUAUCAUUAGAUCAAAUUCAAAGUAGUUGUAGCUUUCCUUUUUCGUUUUGGGAUAAAAAACAAGUUUUCAAAAAUAAAUUCUUGUUUUCUGGAUAUUAUUUUUCGUUGGAUAGAAGAAAAUGGAAGAUUCCGUUUGGUAGGAUUAGUUGUUCUUUAAUGGAGCAGGGGCUAAAGCCACGACCCAAGCCAAAUAAAGUCAAUAUUGAGGAAUUAAAAGAGAACCAAGUGCAAGAGAUCCAGGUGAAGAAACCCUGUGCAGGGCUUUGUAGUCAGAUAGAGAAGCUAGUGUUGAACAAAAAUUAUAAAGAGGCACUUGAGUUGUUCGAGAUUUUGGAGUCGGAAGUUGGUUUUGAUGUUGGCCGUAGCACAUAUGAUGCUUUAGUGAGUGCUUGUAUAGGUUUAAGGUCUAUUAGAGGUGUGAAGAGGUUAUGUAAUUACAUUCAAAGUAAUGGAUUUGAACCUGAUCUGUAUUUGAGAAACAGGUUACUCCUUAUGCAUGUCAAAUGCGGGAUGAUGAUUGAUGCCCAUAAAUUGUUCGAUGAAAUGCCUGAGAGGAACUUGGUUACAUGGAAUAUACUAAUUGGGGGGCAAAUUGACUCUGGAGAUUACAUAGGAGCAUUUGAGUCGUUUUUAAUUAUGUGGGAGGAGUUUUCCGAUGGUGGGUCAAGAACCUUUGCCACUAUGAUUCGGGCAUCUGCUGGGUUGGGAGACAUUUCUGUGGGAAAACAGUUGCAUUCCUGUGCUGUUAAAAUGGGUGUUGGUGAUGAUACUUUUGUUUGUUGUGCUUUGAUUGAUAUGUACAGUAAAUGUGGAAGCAUUGAAGAUGCUCAAUUUGUUUUUGAUGAGAUGCCAGAGAAGAUUACAGUAGCAUGGAACACAAUUAUUGCAGGUUAUGCUCUUCAUGGCUAUAGUGAAGAAGCUCUGGAUUUGUAUUAUGAGAUGCGUGAUUCUGGGGUUAAAAUGGAUCAUUUUACAUUUUCUAUGAUCAUUAGAAUUUGUGCAAGGUUAGCUUCUGUUGAACAUGCUAAGCAAGCUCAUGCAGGUCUAGUUCGUCAUGGUUUUGGUUUAGAUAUAGUAGCAAACACGGCGCUUGUGGACUUCUAUAGCAAAUGGGGAAGAAUAGAAGAUGCUCGUCAUGUUUUCGACAAGAUGCCCUGCAAGAAUGUCAUUUCCUGGAAUGCCUUGAUUGGUGGAUAUGGUAAUCACGGCCGUGGAGAAGAGGCUGUUGAGUUGUUUGAGAAAAUGCUUCAUGAAGGAAUGAGACCAAACCAUGUGACAUUUCUUGGUGUGUUAUCUGCUUGUAGCCAUUCAGGCUUGUCAGAACGUGGAUGGGAAAUUUUUCAAUCAAUGAGUAGGGAUCACAAGAUCAAGCCACGUGCAAUGCAUUAUGCUUGUAUGAUCGAGUUAUUGGGUCGAGAGGGACUUUUAGAUGAAGCCUUUGCCUUAAUUAGAGAUUCUCCCUUUAAACCUACAGCAAAUAUGUGGGCUGCCUUGCUAACAGCUUGUCGAGUACAUGGGAAUUUAGAGCUCGGGAAAUUUGCUGCUGAGAAGCUUUAUGGAAUGGAACCUGAAAAACUUUGUAAUUAUGUUGUGCUUCUAAAUAUAUAUAACAGUAGUGGUAAGUUAAAGGAAGCGGCCAAUGUUGUGCAAACCUUAAGAAGAAAGGGAUUAAGAAUGCUUCCGGCAUGCAGUUGGAUUGAAGUCAAGAAGCAAUCUCAUGUUUUCUAUUCCGGGGAUAAAUACCAUGUCCAGACCAAGGAGAUUUACCAGAAAGUGGAUAGCUUGAUGCUAGAAAUUUCAAAGCAUGGGUAUGUUCCGGAGAAGAAAAUUUUGCUUCCUGAUGUGGAUGAACGGGAACAGCGUGUAUUACUGUACCACAGUGAGAAACUGGCCAUAGCUUUUGGUUUGAUCAAUACACCAGAUUGGAUGCCGCUACAAAUUGUGCAGAGCCAUCGGAUUUGUUGUGACUGUCAUAAUGCAGCAAAGUUGAUAGCUACGGUUACGCGACGGGAAAUUGUAGUAAGGGAUUCUAGCAGAUUCCACCAUUUUAAAGAUGGGAUAUGUUCAUGUGGUGACUACUGGUGAUGGUAAAUUAGUGAUUUAACUUGAGAGAAUUAAGAAACUCUUCCUUCUUAUUGGUUGUAUUGAUUCAUUAUCCUCCUCGGAUAUACCAUAAAAAUAAAGUAAAAAUAUGAUUUGAAUUUGCA